UAAGGGGAAGGAAGCCUAUUUUGUGCUGUAUGUUCACUGUAAAUGUUAAGGAUGCGAGUAUCCAUGCAUUUUUAGACUGGAAGUUGAAAUCUUGAAGAAGCGAAAGCUGGCUUGCGAUUUUGUAGCACGAUGGCUCUUCUUCGAAGGAACCGUGCAACUAGACGUCAGCAACCUUUCGAGAUCGUAUUCGAAGAAUAACAUCAUCCCGACCUACAUCUUAGUGAAUAGAAGGCAUUCAAUCCAGAAGCAUGGGGUGUUCUCAAAGUAAGAACAGCUCGGCUGUAGUCGAGCAAGCUCAAUAUAUGUAUGUCGAACAUGCGAACCAACAGGGCGCCCAACAGCAUCGUCGUAACAUCUCAACUGGCACCCUCACCACUACAACUUCAAGACAGGACAGUCUCAGCAAGUGGAAGAAGGAUCUAGCAGAAAGCGGAAACCUGACGAAAGCCAUUGUUAAGAUCGAAGUAAGAAACUGCGUUCUGCAUUAUAUGUAUCAUGUCUUCGUGAAUGCGAACAAGGGAUUGUUCGUUUGCAUCGAGAAUGACGCCCAAAGCUAUGGUCACUUUCCUUAAUGUCUGAAUUCCUUGAUACUUGUGACUAUGUACAUGUUUUUAUACCGGUUUACUAUUAGACCUCUCCCACCAAGCGAGUUGAAGACGUGUACGAUGGGGUUCACAACGGUCACACCCUCGGUGAGGGUGCCGAAGGAGUCGUUCGAAGGUGUACCCAUCGAGAAACAGGAGUCCAGUUUGCUGCGAAGUGUUUGAAUAUAGGAUUGAUCGAAGACGAGAAGAUUAUCGAAACACUUCGCGAAGAGAUUUUCAUCAUGUGCCAGUCAGACCAUCCCGAUAUAAUACGCCUCGAGGAAGUCUAUGAGAGUGAAGACCAGAUCUAUUUGAUCAUGAACCUUUUGACGGGAGGAGAUAUGUUUGAUCGGCUCGAAGAACAGUCGGACUAUCAUUAUUCAGAGCAUCGAUGUGCAAAUAUUGUGAAGCAGAUGAUCAGAUCCGUCCGAUACCUCCAUGCGAACAAAGUCAUCCAUCGAGAUUUGAAGUUAGGUAUGUUAGAGCAUGCUGCUGCAUUUCUUGGAGUCGAAAACAAUGCAGUUAUUCGAUUCUUGCAUUUACGAUUGAUUCAUACGACUUUUUCUCCCUCUAAUUUUUCCCCUUGCGUCGUGAUUGUAUUUAUGCACCAUGGAAUUCGUCCCCAGAGAAUUUUUUGUUCGACGACCCCGAAUCCGACAACAUUCGAUUAAUCGACUUUGGGCUUUCUAAACAUUUCGACCACGAUGGAUGCAAAAUGAAGGAUGUGGUCGGAACACCGUACACUGCCGCUCCAGAAAUGAUUCUUGGAGAAUACGACGAAAAGGUAGACGUGUGGGCGAUCGGGGUCAUCACUUACUUGCUGCUUUGUGGGGACCCGCCCUUCGGUGGAAUGGACGGUGAGGCUCUCUCGGAAGUACGUGACAACAUUCUGGAUUGCAAUCUACUGUUCGAGCCGAAAUAUAUCUGGGAUACGGUCAGCGACGAGGCCAAAAACUUCAUCCGGCGCUUGCUGACAAAAAAUCCGGCGCAACGGCCGUCGGCCUUCGAAGCCGCCCAUGAUGAAUGGCUCAUAUCGUCUGCCAAGGCUGAUCCUUUGCAUUCCAAACCCCUCAAUACAAACCUAAUCAAAAAUCUCAUGGAUUUCAAAGAGUACUCCGACCUACAAAAGAUCUUGCUCGAGAUUGUGAGCUUCACGCUUGUUCCGGAACAAAUCAAAGGCCUGAAACAAGAAUUCGAAAAGAUAGAUAAAGACGGUAGCGGAGAUAUCUCCCUCGAUGAACUCAAAGAGGUCAUGAAGAGUCGAGUUGUAACUGAAUCUGCGGGUUCGCUAACAGAAGAAGAAAUCGAAACGAUCUUCGAUUCGCUGCUUCUGAACACGAAAGAAACCACUAUCCACUGGCACGAGUUCAUUGCCGCUGGUCUAUCGCGGUGUGACUUUGACGAUCGGAAUCUCCGACUGGCGUUCAAUCGAAUGGACAGCGAUGGAAAAGGUUACAUCACACUAUCUGACCUGAAAGAGUUGGUGUGUUCCAAAGAAGGUGUAAUGGACGAUGAGGUUUGCACAAUGUGGAAGGAUGGCCUUGAGACCGUGGAAUGCAAGCAGCAGGACCGCAUUACCUUUGACGACUUCAAGCAUUUCUUUACGGGGCACGAUCGAUCGAAACGAGAAAUCAUGGGAGAUCUGAGAUCUUCUGGUACUCUAAGGAAUUACUCGCAUUCUGCAAAUCCUAGAUUGGUGAACAACAGAAUGAGCUCCGCUCGCAUCCUGACGGCCACGCUUGGAUUUGAAACCUACGAGGACGAGGACGACGAGGAGGAUGAAAGUGGGAAGCGCAGUUCCGUGUUUUUAGUUCCGACCGGUAAACAGAUGAGGCGUCGGAGCUCUGCUAUAUUAGUAAAAUCGAGAACUUCAAUCAUGCCGCCUGAAGAAUAGGAAACUACCGCUUCGAAGGCAAGUAUUAUUGGGAAGAAAACAACCUCAUCAUAUAUAUUGUAUAUUAACACUAUGCGAACUUAAACCGCACCGUGCGCAGAAUAAGAAGUUGUAGCUUCUGAUGCAAGCAUAAUUGGGAAGAAAACAACCGCGUCGUAUGAUUUAACAUCAUAUUACUAGGUCUUCCUCGAAACUUCUUUUGGUAGUAGGUUAUUCACUAGCUACUCGGGAUUCAGCCUCAGAAUUCUUACUCGGUGACAACAAAGACCAAUCAUUCUUUACUUUUCGUUGGAAGAUAGUUUUCUCUGGUUGAAGAGGAACAUCAACAUUUAUCGAUGAGGACACCUUGAAAGAUAGGAGCGAUCGCUCUGCUUUCUGUUGAUACUGGCGGAAGUAUGCAACGACAUAAGAUUUACAGAAUAAGAAAUAAGGCUAUUU